GUUAAAUUGAGGGUAAAAGAGGAUAAUGAAUGUUUCUAAUAGAAUGUCCGUGUUAUUUAGAGGAUUUGGUGAUAAAACAGGAAGAAUGUUUAUUUCUUCUUGGAAACCGUUUAAUUUAUUUAAAAAGAAGGAUAUAGCAGUUGUAAAUAAUGAGGGGAUGAUGGUUGAGAGGAAUAGGGGGUCUUCAUUGGAUUAUGUUUUAACAUCAGUGGAUGCUAUUGUUAAUUGGGCAAGACAAGGAAGUAUUUGGCCGAUGACGUUUGGUUUAGCAUGUUGUGCGGUUGAAAUGAUGCAUGCGUCAGCACCAAGAUAUGAUCAAGAUCGGUUAGGUAUUAUUUUUAGGGCAAGUCCUCGACAAUCAGAUGUGAUGAUUGUUGCGGGGACAUUGACGAACAAAAUGGCGCCGGCUUUACGGCAAGUUUAUGAUCAAAUGCCGGAGCCUCGAUGGGUUAUUUCUAUGGGAUCAUGUGCUAAUGGAGGUGGUUAUUAUCAUUAUUCAUACAGUGUUGUUAGAGGAUGCGAUAGAAUUGUACCGGUUGAUAUAUAUGUUCCAGGUUGUCCACCGACGAGUGAAGCACUUUUAUAUGGUAUCUUUUUAUUACAAAAAAAACAACGAAAUCAAAAAAUUACACGUUUAUGGUAUCGAAAGUAGAAUUAGCAUGAUUAUUGGUCUAGUUUAUCCAUAUUAUCCAUAC